UCUUGUUUUAUAACCCCCAUUUGCGAAUCUGGUGUUAAGAAAGAAACAUAGACGACAUAAAGAGGGGACUGUAAAGCCAUGGACCACCACCAAGACUAUAGCCGACAGAACGAGGAGAGGAGACUCUUAUUGUCCAAAGAAGAAGAGAGGAUUCGGGAUGAGCUUGAGACGGAAAUCGAAAGAAAUUUGGAAGGGGAAUUCAAGGAUGGGAUCUAUAACCUAGCACUUAAGCUGCGCCGACUGUAUGAACAAAGACGGGAAAGAGAAGCGUCCCUCGAUGUUUCAGUGAGGAAGAGCAAGCGAGUAUUGGAGGUGAACAUAAGUAUAAAGAUGGAAGGAGAUACCAAGAUAGAGAUCACUGAGAGGAAAAAAGAAGAAGACAACGAAAAGACAAAGAAAACAGAGAAUUUGGACAAGAGAAGGAAGUUUGCAGCAACUGGUGAAGAUAAAACAGGAAAGGACAAGAUGACGAAUCGAACCAGGGCUCAUGAACUCAGAUGGAAAUGGUAAAGAGAUUGAUUGGCCCUACCUAUUUGCUGGUAUUUAUGUUUGUUUUUAUUUUUGGAACUUUGUUUCUUCUGCAAAUCCUAUUUAAUAUACGACUGAAAUAAGAGUUAUGCUUUGCUAUCC